AUGCACAAACAAAACUAAGAGAACCAAAUCAUCAUCUUUCUUUCUUCCUCCUCUCCUCCUCAAGAACACAAUCUCAAUCCAUCAUUAUUCUCAUCAAUAUCAUCCAAUUAAAAUGGAAAACAUCAACCAUAUCAAAGAUAAUCCAGUAGAUCCUCAUCAAGAUCAUCAUCAAUUAUCAAAAUUACAAGUCAUUCAUCCAUCACCCAAAUUAGCACCACCAUCUCCACCCUCAAACACCUCUUCCCCAUCCCACGAAUUCUCCUUCACCAUAUCUCUCCACCCCAAUUCCGCCGCCGCCGCCGCCGCCCCUGACAAAUCCAAGCAACCCACUCAUGAUUUCUCUCCGGCAGAUGAGAUCUUCUUCCAAGGUCAUCUCCUUCCUCUCCACCUCCUCUCCCAUCUCCCCCCAAUCUCUCCACGGGCAUCAACAAAUUCUCUCGACAACCUUCCCCUUCCCGUUAAUCAGACCGCCGCCGCCGCCGCCGAUGACAUUAAAGAAAGGACGAAAUCAAAAUCGUUCUCUUACGGCCAACCUCGCCGGAAAGUGAUGGAAUCCAAGGAAAGAACUACAAAGUCGAAAUCUUUCUCAUUUCUUGGAAUACCCAGAUGGAGAACAGAGAAGAAACAGAGCAAUAAUAAUCAGAAGAAUCAGAAUCAGAAUCAGAAUCAGAAUCAGAAAACAGGACUGAAAUUUGAUAUUGGGAAUGUAGUGAAAAGAUACAUAAGAAUGAUGAGACCUCUUAUUCUAUCCUUGAGAGGGAAGAAAGAGAAACCACAUAUUCUACGGCAGCCCCAUUCAUUUUCCGGCAACUUAGUCAGCUGCGGCGGUUCUAGGAAAGGAAGAAUGACCGGAAGGAGGGAUUUCUCGUCGGCGCCGGCAUCAAUGAGAACCUCGCCGGGAAAUAGUGGGCUUUUGGUACCGGUGCCUCCAACCUCGACUAGUGAUAGCACCAUGGAAGAAUUGCAGGCAGCGAUUCAGGCGGCGAUUGCUCAUUGCAAGAAUUCAAUUUCAAUGGAAGAAAAGAUUAAAGCCAAGUGAAGAACAUGAUCAAAUUGAUAAUGAUUUCCUAUAGUUAGUAACUAGCCUGGUAAAUUUGAAAAAAAAAAUUAUAUAUAUCUUGUGAAAUUUUUUUCUUCUAUUUUUAAAAUAUUAUAAUGCUCUCUUUGUAUAAAUAUUAAAAUAAAUAUAUUUUUGUGAAUGUUAUUAACACAAAGAU